AUGCCUUUCGUCCAGCUGCAGCCUCACCCUUUCACUAUAAUACCAUCGCACCCCUCUCUUUCCACAGAAACGUCCCGUGCAGACCCAAAACAAUUUGUGGCCACCGCCCUCCGCGAAGCUAUCGAGCUUCUCCACUCCAUUCCCUCCACCUUCAAAACAGACCCCAAACCCCGCGCGUCGCCACCGUCGCAAGCUAAAGUCAACCUCAUGCGAGGAUGGCGCAAUUCUGAUGAAGAGAAGUCCGAGUUCUGGGUUGCUCGACAGAGCAAACAUGUGGACGCUAGCGAUAAGGGGACUGCGUCAUGGGGUGAAUUUGAGGCUGGAUUACGGACCAAUCAUGCCGAGCAUGAGAUGGAGUAUACACCUAGUGUCAGUGGUGUUGAGCGGCUACUAGAAUGGUCAGGGGAGGAUAUAGGAGAGGUAGAAGUGGACGAUAUCACCUACAAAGAUGUGGUGUUCGAGAUCAAUAUCAUAACGCAUUCCUUCCACCCAUCUGCCCUGAUCUCCCCGCGCAGCUUCAUCUCCCUCACUAUCUCCGCCGCAUACAAUUCUCCCACUCAAUCAGAGCAGCAAACCCCAUUGAAAGGCUUCAUCACCGUUCAAGUACCCCUGAGCUCAGACCCAUCUUCCACCCCCUCGGAAAUACAUCAAAAAAUCACCUCGUCGGCGCCGCGACGAGCUAUCUUCGCCAACUAUGCAAGCGUAGAGCGAGUGUCGAUUCUACCCACUGAACCCAACUCCAUUGAAUGGACAAUGGCAACGACCUCCGACGCAGGUGGCUCAAUUCCCCAAUGGGUUCAACGCAAUUGGACGCUGGGCGGGGUUCCACGUGCUGUGGUAGCUGAUGUGGGGUUAUUCGUGGGAUGGACCAUGCGUCAACGGGGAUCUUCCUAG